AUGGCAGAAGCCAGGAGCACGGACCUGAGAUAUUGUGCCAGAUCAUUCUCCUGUGGAAGCCUCGACUUCAACUUCCCUUUCUUCAACACAACCAUGCCGUCUCGAUGCGGGCUAUUCAAGCUGAAGUGCAGUGAUCACCAGAUUUCAGAGAUACAGCUUGAGAAAAACGGGAAAUGGUACAAAGUGAAUAGCGUCUCUCAAGCCAACACCAUAACCAUCACUGACCCAAGGCUUAACCAAAGCUUGGCAACAGGAUCCUGCAGUGACUUGUCAAACUUCUCUCUUCCAGAUUCUCCAUGGCUCGAAUUGACCACUUUGUACAAAUGCAACAACAGUACGAGGAAGAAUGGUUUCACCUAUGCGAAUUGCAAAGGAGGAGGUAGCAACGUGUAUUACUCCGAUUUUCAAGAUAAUUCAGAGUGUUCAGCUAUCAAAACUCCAGAGAUCUGGGAUUUUUCAAGAAACAAGAACCACUCUAUUCUUAAUGCUACUUUCUCUCUUCAUAUAAACGUCACUCGAGCCUGCCGUAGCUGCCGUAGACGAGGAGGAGAAUGUACGAUGAUCAAACACAAGUUUCGCUGCGUUGGGGGAUAA